AUGUGGCCGCAGUCGCACCAUCGCGGAUUUGUCGCCUGCGGGCUUUUGAAUUUCGCCAAUUUCGGUAGCACACUACACCCAGAAAAAAUGCAAACUUUUGCGUGUCAUCCACUUUCUACGAUACCAAAUGUGCACAGCUUUGCACCCGCACCACCUUCAAUACAUUUCCAACAAAAACUGGUAGUAGCGUCCAAAUUUCAAGUCGUUGUAGCUGUGUCAAGCAACCAUGAGCUUGUAUCCUGGCGAAGCAGCAUUGCCCACGAAUCCGCAGCUGCAGCAUUCGGAGGUGCUAAACAAACCAAAGUCACUGCUCUGGAGCCACAGUGGGAAAUCGUCAGCAUCGGUCUGAAUGCCGAUGAAACUCUUCUUGGUGUCUUCACGAACAAUCAAUAUGGAUGUUUUGUUCAUGUUUACAACAUUGUUGCGUUAUCUGUCGAUAUCCCGGGAGAGGCCAUACCUUUAUGCUCAGUUCGUGUAGGCAACACUGCUUCCAAAGGGAUUGCGUUUGAAUGGAAUCCAGCACUUGCUGAUAUGUUUGCAGCGUCAGAUACUGAUCGAACUCUCAGUGUGGCUAAGAUUGACAUGCAGACCCUAACGAAGUACAGUAUUCUUGGUGAAAAGAAAUUAGAAGCCAAUAUUAGUGAGAUAUCAUGGAGCCCGAAAGGAAAACAGUUGGUAGUCGGAGAUGCCAAUGGAAAGAUUUUCCAACUUAAGCCCGAGAUAGAACUAGUUCGUGCAACCCAAGCACCACAAAAUGCUCAAGGUUUGGCAGUCACCAGUUUGAGUUGGCUCGCCACUACGGAAUGGCUUGUCGCCUAUUCGAAUGCUGAGCGAACCAACGGCGGCACAUUUAUGUUGAAUAUCAAGAAGGAUAAACCGCCAUCUUGGACACCAUUGAAUCUAUCUGGUCAGCUUUUCUUUGGCGAGACUAGGCGACUUUUGGUAGAUUGGCAUGUUGCAAUCGUAGCUUUACCCGGAACCGGACAUUUGCUGGCUGUAUGCAAACCACCCAACGCUACGGCGUGGACUGCCACUCCUUUGGCUUCAUUACCGCAGCCGUCUCCUAAUAGUUAUAUGGUUGGCAUUGCUGUGGAUCUAUCUAGACAAACGACGGUGGCAGUCGAUGGAAUAGCUCGUCGAUUGCCUGUUUUGAUUGCCUUGAGCAGUGAUGGUUCAGUGCGCACUUUCCAGCUAUCACCACCAUCAAAGGAUUAUCCCGACUGCAACGAAGCACUGGUGGCUGUAGAUCCCGCCAAAGUUCAGCUUGGACUUCGUCCAGCUGCCACGCCGGUCAUCCAAACGAAUCCUUCUCCUGCGCCGGCACCCGCGCCUCAAGCUUCACUGUCACAAUCUUCCACCCCGAUAGCUGGAUUGUUCGCAAAAAUGGGGGAACAAAAGUCCACUCCUGCGUUCGCUACCAGCACACCGGCUCCAACAACUGGAAGCGUAUUUGGUGGUGCGGUUACCAGCACUCCAGCUGCAACUGGAAGCUUAUUUGGUGGUGCUAAACCAGCUUCACAGAGCUCAUUGACUUUUGGAACGACAGCGGCACCGAGUAUUUUCUCCUCAAAGCCAGCAGCAACAAUAGCUGCUACCUCUGGUUCUGCAACGUUACAAACCACGCCAAAGUCGACACUUGCUCCAACUCAAACCAGUUUGUCGUCAGUUUUUGGGAAGCCAGCAGCAGUGGUAACCGCGCCACAACCACAGCCAAGCGCGCCCUUGCCGAUAACUGGCUUGUCUACAGCUUCAAUGCCGGCUCAAGAGAAAACCGGCCCAGAUCCAGCUGAACUAGCAAAGGCCGAGAAGGCCGCGGUUGCUGCCGCACGCAAGGCUGCGAAAGAAUCGGUGCAGAAGUUCCGUAAAGCCUGGGAUGAAGCGCACAAAAACAUACAUUCGUUUACCAUUAACAAGCAGAAGGCUGGGGAGGUCAUCGAUGAAGCAGUUGCUUCCUUAACUCAUGCUGAGAACUGCGAAACAGCUGAUGAGAUUGAGCGCAUGGUUAUGGAGUUAGAUGAGGAAUUGUGUGAUAUGCUGAGGCUACUAGCAGAAAAGAAGGAGUUAGUUGAGGAGAAAACUGCAACGUAUAAGGAAACUAGAGAUGUUGAGCUAGCCUAUAAACGUCCACUGGAUCUUCUAGAGAGAACUCAUUCGGACAGCGUAUUGCAAAAAUUCGAAGAUUUUACCAUAAGGCUUCAUGAGGCAAAGAAAUUAAUUGCUGAAACCAAGAAAUUAUCUGUUGUCUCCAAGCCUCGUCGAGCUUCGGAAUUUGAUCCAAAAUUUGAAGUACGACUCCAGGAGAGUAUGAAAAACAUGGCACGGUACUUUACUAUAGUCCGCGCUCAUGUAGAGGACAUCGAGCGCAAGAUGUCACAUCUUGCCUUGCAGAAAAAGAAAAGCUCUAAUACCACAAAUGACCAGUCACUUUCCAAUUCAACACUGGUAGACCAAUCUCUGUGUGAAGAAGCUCCGUCAUCUGUGAUCUAUACACCUGCCUUCAAGCCUAUCACUAUCCCCAACAUGGGUUCCAAAUCCCAACAACGGGCAAGAAUGCUGGAAAUUAUGAAUGCGAAGAAGAAUGCGAAGAUUGUGACGAAAAAGGUAGAGCCAUUGCGAAUUGACGCUGCCACUGCUGACGAUACACUUAGUUCAUCGUUCCUUAAUGCUCCUAAUCUUGAGACAUCAUUGAACCAGAAGAUUUCUUCCCCGUUCAAAAUGAAGCCCCCGCUUGCUAUGCGAAAUGCCAGCACUCAAGCAGAUGCUCCAGCUCCACCUGCAACAACUUCAUCUUUGCCUCAGUCUGCUUCAGUAACUUCUGGGUUAUCCUCAUUGGCUGCGAGUAAACCACCCCCUACUUCGACUCUCGCCACCCUGUUGAAGACUACUAGUGACAACAAACUAAACACCAGUGGUAUGGUACCGCUUGCGACAUCAACGCCAGGUUUCAAAUUAGGAGAAAGUGCUCUAAAGCCAUCUGGAUCGUUAUUUGGUAGUCAGCCUACAAGUACAGCCACUGUCACUACCACACAACCUUCUGUCACAAAACAAUCGGACGUUGCUUCGACAGCUAAACCACUGUUUGCUGGAUUGUCAUCAGCCCCAACUGGUGCUGCCAGCCAAGCGAAGCCUUUGUUCGGCUCACUUGGAAAUAAUGCAGCUCAAGGCACAGAAAAGAAAGAGGAAAAGAAACCGUCAACCUUGUUCGGUACUUUAGGAGCAGCGACCGCCAGUGAACCAGAAAAGAAAGAAGAAAAGAAGUCGUCGCUGUUUGGAGGCAUGGGUACUAGCGCUACACUGAGUACUACGACUGACAAGAAGGACGAUAAGCCGCUAACAUCUGCGAGUGGGGGUGUUUCUACCUCAGCUACAUUUGGUUCUGUUGAAAAUAAGGAGUCUAAACCAUCCUCUCUGUUUGGCGGUACAUCAACAGCCCAACAGACAACUCCCAAAUCAAUCUUCGGUGGUGAUAAUCUUUCAAAACCACUUUCUUUUGCUUCUACACAACCGGCUAAAAUCAACGAAACCGCAAGGAAGGAGGAGUCGAAAGAUGAGCAAAGCGCUAGCUUGACAGCAGAGCCAAAGCAGCCAGAAGUGAAAGCUGACGCUGGAAUAAAGAUUAUCGAAACACCAGUAGUAUCUUCCAUCGCGCCUUCGACAACAACUGCCACAACCACCACAACAGCGUCGAGCAUUUUUGGAAAACCGUCAUUAUUUUCGUCUGCUCCAACCACUACAACCACCUCCACUAGCAUAUUCGGCACCGCACCGGUCACAUCAGCAUCUGCUGUAACGACGACUACGAGCAUAUUUGGAACCUCUUCUUUGACAUCAUCGACUCCAGCUACAACAACAACGGCCACUUCCACCACUUCUAGCAUAUUCGGCGCGGCGAAAACUUCUCCAUCUAGUGGAUUUGGAAGCAUAUUUGGGGCGAAAUCCGCUGCUCUGGGCACUAACACUGAUGCGAAUACUGUAACUUUCUCAUUCAAACCAAAGGCGGAGCCGCAACCUGCCCAGCCCUCUGUUUCCUUCACAUUUGCAAAACCCAGCACUGGAGGUAGCCUUGGUUUCGCCGCCGCCGCUGCAGCAGCGGCCAACAGUGCUGACAAUGACGAAGGCAUGGAUGAUGAUGGGUCCUCUGGUGGAGCGACUCAAAGCACGGGCGGUAUUUUUGGGGGUGGUUUUAUGAGCGGGAUUGGUUCUACAACUAGUGCAAAUGCGACCAAGAACGUUUUUGGAAUGGGAACUAGCACUUUAUUGAAAAACACCACGGGUCAAUCGGCGACGAGCUCGCUAUUUAAAACGGGACAACCAUCGAUUUUUGGCUCUGGCUCUCAGACUUCUUCGUUUGCGUCUGCAGCUCAGCAAGCGGCCCAGUCCACUUCGCCUACAUCGUCAAUGACGAAAUCGGUAUUUGGUGCCGCUCCAAAGUUUGGAGGCCCUCCUGUAUUUGGAGGUAAACCAGUUUUUGGUUCACCCACUACCCAACAGACCUCUGCUUUUGGCGGAGCAAAUGCAACCAGUGGGGGAUUUGCAGCCUUUUCUGGCGGUAAAAGCCUCUUCGGUGGAGCAAGCACUGGUGGAAGUUCGCUGUUUGGAGGUGGUACCACUAGUCAAAACCAGCCAAAGAGUUCCUUGUUUGGUGGCUCUCAGGCUAGCAGUUCAUUCAGUACAUGGCGCUGAGUUCUGUUGACCAUGUCUUACACUGUCCGGACGGCUUUGUUUUUUUGCACAAGUGCAUAUCCUUGCUUUUGUGCUGUUCAUGUGCUCUAUCCCUUUCGUUUGACGGUUCUAUGGCACGCGACUCCACCUGUCUCAGUUUGGUGUUUAAUCUGGGUUGCCUAUGGUCGAAGGAAUGCGAAUACAUGAUUGUCUUGC